AUGCUUCAUUUGGAUGGCUUCUCUCAACAAGAGCUGGGUCAGAAGAUUACGGAGUUUGGGAUCACAUCUCCUACCACAGAAAACAAGCUGAGUGAUCCUUAUCCAUGCAAUUUCAUGUUCAAGACUUCAAUCGGCUCAUCAGGGAAAAGAACUGGUUACCUGAGGCCAGAAACAGCUCAAGGCACCUUCUUGUCCUUCAACAGUCUUUUCAAGUACAAUCAUAAUAGAUUGCCUUUAGCAGCUUUUCAGAUUGGAGAAGUUUUCAUAAAUGAGAGAUAUGCCAGGUCUGAUGAAGUGGGAAGUGGAGCGCCCUUGGCGCUUACACUGGAGCGUGAUUCCCACGUCUAUAUUCGAGACCGAGACAGCGGGAAGAAGAUGAAGCUCUCUUUGCAACAGGCGACUGGAGUUGUGGAUUGCCUUCUUAAAGGGUCUAUGAGCUGGGAAGACGUGGAGAAGUCUUUAGAUGUUUAG